CGAACCUAACGUUCAUUUGGUCACACCUCAAUAGGGCCGAACCUAAGUGCGUAUCUCUACAGUAAAUUGAGAAAUUGAUGAGUUGACCGUCGCGUGAGAGGUUACCCACUUGGACCGGGUCUCAAUUGACAACAGCCUUCUCCAGUUAGGCCUUCGACGACAGCUGCCACUUCCACUGGAGUCCCACUUGAGAACUUCAUGGUGCCCACAAGCUCUCACAGCUCAGGCUUCAAGAGGGGAUCGCUUAACGGCUUAUAUCACCGACAUUACGGGACGAGGCCUCGUCAGCGUCGUCAUCUCCAGACUGCUCGCGAUGAGGCUGACGCUAUUAAAAGUUACGAACCGCAGUAUCACAAGGGGAAGGGGUAUACAGCAAGCCCGAAAGAUAAGGAGCGAGGGAAGAAGCAAGAGCAAAGUCCUAGUAGUGUCUAUAUGCAACAGGGUGCACUGGAAAGUCUCAACCAGUUCUCAGACAUAUUUGAUCCUACAGGUCCUAAUCAUUCCAAAGCCCUGACAGAGGGCACAACCGUAAACCCACUCCAUCAGCAACAGCCGGUGGGAACGCAAGUUAGUCUCGCUAAGCUGCACCCAUCUCUUCCUAAUUGUCCAGUUUUUGUGGAGCUACCUCCUCGAAUUAGUUCGACCACCAUAGCAUCGUCGCUGCCCGAGAAGCCGCAAUCAACUCCUGAUAGCAAUGUAACAUCCCGACUCACACGCAAUCUUUGGGAUACCCGACGGGAAAUGACUGCCUUGCGAGCGCGCGAAACCGACCUCGUAGCUUCAUUGUGCCAUCUAGAUGCUCCUCGCCACAUCCUCGAAUCUGGACGAGCACAAAAAUCCUCAGAGCUUGAAGCUCGUCUCGCUGAAGUUGAGAACGAACUACGGCAAGAAAGAUAUAAGCGCCUUCGAGCUGAGCGAGGUCUCAAUGAGAUUGAGGCAGAGAAAAGGGCCCCGUUUGUCGUUCCAGCUCUGUUUCAAGCGUUCCUGAUGGUUUCUGAGAUUCACGGAUAACCCCCCAAAGGUUCAUGUUAGCUAUGGAGUGCUUAUUCAAGUCAACGCUACGUAAUUAUGAAGGCUUCGAGUGACUAGG